ACCUUUAUAAAAGCAGAUCAGUUCCCUCAUUUUGAAUGAAACCCAAAUCCCCAAACACACCCUUCUCCUUCUUCUUCUUCUUCAAAACUCAUUCCUACAUAAACAAGAGAAAGAAAAAACACAGAAACUAAAAAGAUUCUUUUAAGAAAAAUUCAAUGGCAACAAGUAAGAGCUACUUUGCGCGACAAAACUAUCGAUUUUUAUCAAGCGAUCAUCACGGGCCACUCGCGCACGACGCGACAUUCGAACUCGACGAGUCAGACAUAUACGGUAACUCAGUUACAACUCGUUCUAACUCACCCGAGUUUCGCAAACCGAGUUCACGAAUUUCAAAGAAAUCAACCACAACAUCGAGUAGAGCCUCCGCCGCCGGUGGAACGGCAUCUUCACUCCCGGUGAACAUACCGGACUGGUCAAAGAUAUUGAAAGAUGAGUACAGAGAGAAUCGAAGGAGAGACGUCGAUGAUGGCGGUGAUGACGAUGAUGAUGUGGACGGCGAGGAUUACUUUGACGGAGGAGGAGUUAGGGUGCCGCCACAUGAGUUUUUGGCGAGACAAAUGGCUCGGACGAGAAUCGCUUCUUUUUCGGUACAUGAAGGAGUAGGAAGGACUUUGAAAGGAAGAGAUCUGAGUAGGGUUAGAAAUGCAAUUUGGGAAAAAACUGGGUUUCAAGAUUAAAUACUAUCAAGUUUAGGGUUCUUGUUGUCAUUUCCUUCUUAGCAGGGGCAUAAACAUCAAGAAAAUAACAGCAAAUCACUAAAGAUUGAAGAGGAAUUUAUCAUUACUACUACAGGUCUUCUUCCUUUUUUUUUUUUUUUUGGUUCUUUUUAGAGUUGAGUGGUAAAUUCUUUUUUCUUUUACAUAUAUAUAAAUUUUAGUUCUUUUCUUCUUUGGGGGGUUUUUUUAUUUUUAAAUUUUGGUGACUAUUGUGUGUCAAAGAAUAUCACUUUCACGCUUGUGAUAUGCUAACUUGUUUCUUCGAGAUUGUAUUAGAAAUUGCAGAGGAAAUUAAGCUACUCUUUAUUUAUUUA